AUGCCGCCCGCCUCCACCCUCGUCAACAAGAUCAAAGUCCAGCUCAAACUCUCCGUCUCCCGCCUUCGCAUGGUCCAACAAAAGGACACGGCCCUCGCCAAACAACAACGCCGCGCCAUGGCCCAGCUGCUCGAGCAAGGCAAAGAGGAGAGCGCGCGGAUCCGCGUGGAGAACAUCAUCCGCUCGGACAUGAACACCGAGUUGCUCGAAAUCCUGGAGUUGUAUUGCGAAUUAUUGACAGCACGAGCCGGCUUACUAGAGCAGAAGGAAUGCGACCCCGGGCUCGAGGAGGCGGUGAAGAGUAUCAUCUUCGCCGCGCCGAAGGUGGAAGGGGUGAAGGAAUUAGGGACGGUCCGGGCCCUGUUGGUGGAGAAGUACGGGAAGGAGUUUGUGUUGGAGGCGGUGGAGAAUCGGGAUGGCAAGGUCGCGGCGCGCGUGGCGGAUCGGUUGAAGGUGGAGCCGCCGAGGAGGGAGUUGGUGGAUGCGUAUUUGGAGACGAUUGCAGAGGCUUAUGGGGUGGAUUGGCCGGUUGGGACGGCGGCGGCGGCGAGGAAGAGGGCGGAGGAGGAGGCGGAGGCGGAGGGUGAGGAGGAUGAUGAUGAUGAUGAGCCGAGUGGGGGGCAGAAGGUCAGGGCGUUAGAGGCUCCUCUUGAGGCGGAGGAGUUGAGCAAGGCUACGCCGCCGAGGGAUCUGGUGGGGCCGAAGAGUCCGGUCACUGUUGUGCCGCCUUCGCCUUCCACGGAUAAUGUUAGGCCUAGGGUGAAUUUGCCUGGACCGCCGGAUCUGAAGCCCGGCAAGAAGAUGGUGGAUGCUGGGAAGGCUAAGGCUGCUGCUGCUGCCGGUGUGAAUGGGGACAAGAAGGCGGAUGGCGGUGGUGGUUCUGGAGGUCCCGGAGGCAAGAUCCCGGAUGUGGAUGAGCUUGCUAAGAGGUUUGCGCAACUGAAGAGAUGA